AUUGCAUUGAUUUAUUUCUCAUUUAUAUCCACUAACUAUUCUCUCCUCAAUCAAUUCAAAUGCCCAAGUCUUCAAUUAUUGUCUAAUUAAUCUAUCAAAAGCCUCAUGUCAGCUCAAUCGGCUCGCAGGCUCAAGGAUCGUAACGGCGCCGGAGCCAAAACCUCUGCCGUUCUAACAUCCACGAAAACCCUUGCCCCAAUUCCAACCUCGGAACCAAACCCAGGUUCCGCUCUCAGAAAAUCACUCUCCGGUAAAGAGAAUCUCAGACUUAAUUCUCGGGCCCAGAAGCCCACGAUCCGGUCAGUGCCUCGUGUCGACAAGGCUGCCGCUGCUGUUGUUCCGGGGAGUGACAGUGAAGGGCGCGUAAGAUGGUCUGCGUCAUCGGUGCCCCGAGGUAGGAGUUCAAGCCCUUCUGAGUUCAUUAGGGUUUUUAGAGAUUCUAGGGUUUCUAAGGGAGAUAGUGAUAGGCGUAUGGUGUCGAGUGCAGGGAAAAAGACUGGGACUAGAGUUUUUAGAGAUUGUAAAGAAAAUAGUGGAUUUGGUGCUGAAUUAGGGAAGAAGAGUGAAUUUUGUGAACGAAAUGUUGUGAAAGCAGAGGAAAAUGAGAAGAAUUCAAGUGGAUAUAGGGCUUUGAAUGGUAAUUAUAACAAAGGGGUUAAUUUAACCUCGAGCUCCAUAAAAUCAAGUAAGGUUGAUGAUGUUGCUGGUUCAAAUUUAGUCUCCAAAAUCCCAAAAGGUGUUAAAAUAGAUAAGUUAUGCACAGAUAAAUCUGGGUCUGAUAAAUUUGAUUGUCAAAAAGAGUCAGGUGAGAGAACUGGUAGCAAAGCUAGAGUUUUGGAGAAGUACUCGAUUGAAGAGAGUACUGAUAGCAAGCCUGGUGUUAAAUAUUCGAGCAAGCUUCAUGAGAAGCUUGCAUUUCUAGAAGGGAAGGUGAAGAGGAUCGCAUCUGACAUUAAGAGGACAAAGGAGAUGUUGGAUAUGAAUAAUCCAGAUGCAUCCAAGGUGAUACUUUCAGAUAUUCAGGACAAGAUUUCAGGGAUUGAGAAGGCAAUUGGACAUGUAGGAGGUGAUUCAUCCAAAAUCAGUGGAAAUGAUGGUGGGGAGAAUGAGGUAUUUGGGAAGAAUAAAAAUGAGAAAGCAGAUCAGGUGAAGGGUUCAGUUAAGGGCUUGAACAAAGAGGAACUUGAAGCAAGACUCUUUCCUCAUCAUAAGGUGCUUAGAAAUAGAACAUCAUUGAAGGAAGCAUCAGGAAGUUCUCAGAGUUGCAAUGAAUCUAAUUUCCCUGACUCAAUUUGUGAGUCAAAGGUCAAAGAGAAGUUGUUGAGCCCUACUGAAGAAAAUCCAAUAGCACUAGAUUUGUUGGCUUCACUUAAUAAGGACACAAAGGUAACUCUGAGAGAUGCAAAGGCCGGCUUUGAAUUUUGUGAAGUUAAAGAAACUAAUGGUGCUGCAGCUUCAGGAAAACAAGAUUCUUUGAUCAAUUACCAUGGCAAGUGUAGUGAGGAGCUUGAUCUUACAACUGAUGAGACACUUGAUGAGUUUGAUGACCAGGAAAAUAGACAAGCAGUUGUAAUUUGUGAGGAGACUGAAGAUACUUCUGUCUAUCAAGUUAAACAAAUAAGCUCCAGAAAUUCAACAGGAGGAUGGUUUGUGUCAGAGGGAGAGUCUGUUCUUCUUGCUCAUGAUGAUGGAUCAUGCUCCUUUUAUGAUAUUGCUAAUUGUGAGGAAAAGGCCGUAUACAAGCCUCCAGAGGGAGUUUCACCUAAUAUAUGGGGAGAUUGUUGGAUAAUCCGUGCACCUAGUGCUGAUGGAUGCUCGGGGAGAUAUGUUGUGGCUGCAUCUGCUGGGAAUACUCUUGAUUCGGGAUUUUGUUCAUGGGAUUUCUAUACCAAAGAUGUGCGAGCUUCUCACGUAGAGGAUGGAGAAACAACCACGUCAAGAACAAUACUAGGUCCCAUUCCCUGUAAUACUGCUUGCAGAAGAAGAAAUGCUUUGUCUGGCAUGUCGUUGCCAGAAACCCGACAAUGGUGGUAUAGGCCAUGCGGGCCUCUUAUCGUUUCUACUGCCAGCUCUCAAAGGGUUGUCAAGAUAUUUGAUAUACGUGAUGGAGAGCAAGUAAUGAAAUGGGAGGUGCAGAAGCCUGUGUUAGCAAUGGAUAAUUCAAGUCCUUUGCAGUGGAGAAACAGAGGAAAAGUAGUUAUAGCUCAAUCGGAAACAAUUUCUGUGUGGGAUGUCAACUCUCUUAACCAACAAUCAUUGUUAUCUAUUUCUUUGUCUGGUCAAAAAAUAUCUGCUCUUCAUGUGAUUAACACUGAUGCUGAAUUAGGUGGUGGGGUUCGGCAAAGGGUAACUUCUGCAGAAGCUGAAGGAAAUGAUGGUGUGUUCUGCACCCCUGAUGCUGUUAAUGUUUUAGACUUUCGCCUUCCAUCUGGUGUAGGUCUUAAGAUACCUAAAAUUGGUGUUAGCGCCCAGUCAAUGUUUACUCGUGGAGACUCAAUCUACAUUGGCUGUACUAAUACGAGGUCUGCAGGGAAAAAAGAACCUUGUUCACAUGUGCAACAGUUUUCAUUGCGCAAACAAAGGAUAGUCAGCACAUACUCUAUGCCAGAAUCGAAUACUCACUCGCAUUACUCAGCCAUAACACAGGUUUGGGGAAAUUCUGAGUUUGUAAUGUGUGUUUGCGGACUAGGGCUGUUUGUCUUUGAUGCGUUGAAGGAUGACAGCCUGCACUCUUCUGCGGUGGAUUAUGGUAGUACCCAAAAGGUAAAAGAUGUUAUCGGUCCAGAUGACAUGUAUUCCCCUACAUUUGACUACUUGGCAUCUCGUGUCCUUCUGAUAUCAAGAGAUCGUCCAGCGCUGUGGAGGCACUUAUAAUAGGCAUUUGUGAUAUAUGCCUGUUGCUACUGGUGUAAUUUGUUUAGGUAAUAGGAUUAUCGGGGUGACAAUGUGCUUCUGUUUAUUUUGUAAUGCAUGCUAUGUGAGACUAAAAACAAUAGUAAUAUUUAUUGAAGCAAAGCUUAUUGAUACAUAUAUAUCGGAUGAUCACCUCUUACAACGUUGUGUUUGUAUUCUCAGAAAAGGAAACUGCACUUUGCCACAGCCCACAGGAAUGAGAAAGUGAAUAACAAGUUUCCACUCAGAAGAGGGAUCUUUAGUUUCAUCCCUGGAGUAGAGAUUGAUGAUGUAUACUCCUUUUGUACUGAAAUAAUUGCCAUGUCUGGAAGUCAGACAGUUUACUUUUUCACUUUUCUGGAUAUCAGUUGGAUGCUAUGGUUGGAUUCCCGUCAAUGAAAAUUUCAUUUAUUUA